AUGAAAUCUGAAAGAGUAGAGUAACGAAAGAGAAGUUCAAGCAGGUAAUCCCCUUUAUCCUUUCCUCUAAAGCCUUAAGAAAGGAUAUGCAAGACGCUAAUUGCUCAUCACUUAAAUCUUCCGUUGAUAUCUUCAAAUUAAGUUGUUAGACAAGGAGGAGAGCGAAAAUUUAGGCUUUUCCAACACGAUGAAGAGUAUAGUCAUUUAAAGACUGUUUGUGAAGUCAACGAAAAUCAAAGACAUCAACAAAUAUUAAGUUUAUACACAGAUCCAGAUGGAAUAAGCAGUCCAUAAGACAAUAAAUUGAUAGAAAAUUACAUUAAAUCAAAACAAUAAAGAUAUGAUCAACUUAUUGAAAGUAAUUUGGAUACCCUUAGAAAUUUGGAAGGAAAUUCAUAGAAAAUAAGUAAAGAUAAGGACUAAUAACAAACCUCGAGAUAAACCGAUAUAAACAAUUAGUCAUUUUACUCCAGAUCAUUCAGAACGCACACUGUAGAAGUGAAGUCAAAGAUCACCCCUGAAAAAUAAGAAAAUAAUUAGGUCUUUUUUUAAAAAAAUUUUGAACGCAAAAGAAAUCAUAUCAGAUAAAUCCAGAAAACUCUAAAUAUAGAAAGAAAUCUCGAUUUAAGCUUGAAGGACUCUGAUUAUGCCGAUGGAUAAACAAUAAUCCUUCGUAAAUCAAAACCUUCAGUACCUAAUUAAAUUUGGGAUAACUUAGAUUUAUUUAAAAAGGAAGAAGCUAAACCUUAGCUUAAAAUAAGAAAUAGAAGACUGAGAAUUAUUGUAUUUGUAGUGAUUGCCGUCUUAGGAUUGUCUAAAAAAUAUAAAAAAAUAUUCCAAGAAAGACAAAUAGCUAGAGAACAUUUUCAAAUGUAACAAGGACCACAUUUAAAAUAUAUUAAUUUUUUUGGAAUUAAACAGCACAAAUUUCAAUUUAGAAAAUUUGUAGACUCCUUAUUAUAAAAAAUAAUAAUGAUACAAAAAGACUAGAAAUACAUUAAAGAAUGUAUAAAUAUUUAACGGGAAAAAGAUAUCAUUAGAAAAGAUGCUUAGAAAUAGAAACUGUGUUUUUUCAUAAAAUUAAUUCUUUAAGAUUUAGAAUUAAUUACAAGAAAAAACAUAGUGCCUGGAUUUAUCCACCAUUUUUUAAAUUUAUGUCUUUUCUCUGGAAAAACGACAUAAACAAGUUAAUUUGUAGCGAAUAGAACUAAAUUUUACUCAAAAACAGUUCAUUCUCUCACUUCAGAACAAAAAUUGUUAAUUGCAUUAGAAUUUCUUAUUUUCACCAUCAUUAUACCUAAUUUAUUAGAUAUUGCUAGUGAGUUAGAUUAAACCAAUAAGGAAAGUUUCUUAAUCACUCUAUUUCAUUUCAUUGGAAUUAUUGGUGUAUUAAUGGUUUUAUUUACAAAACAUUUCGAAAGAAAAUUUGAAAAGAUUGAUGGAUCAAAUGUAAAACCUAUAUAGAGGGUGAUUCAUCUUAAAAAGAAUGAAUAGGGGUUGCCAUGUGUAGCUACUUUCAGUAUAUCGGAUACAAUUGAUUAAGAUGAAAAGAAAAUUAUUUAAGGAGGAUUUGAAUAUGCUGGUAUUUUGGAACUCUUUGAAUAAAAGCCAUAUUGGGGUGAAAAAAUAUCUAAUCAAUUUAAUAAAAUUGCCAAAAACAUUGGAGAAUUAAUAGACAUAACCAAUGUUAGCUGA